AUGGAGGAUGGCCAAGCACAAGGCGAACAGCGAUUAUUCUCUCAAUGCAGCAUUUGUAUUGUCUGCUCCCGCACAGUGGAUGCUGACAAUGAUGCCCAGCUAGCAGCUGCCAUUCAAAACCUGGGAGGCAAAGUUACCCUUCAUCGAUUGCCUGCCUCAUUACCUCCAGCCCACGAAUUUACACAUAUUGUGUCUUCCACCAUCGACUUCCCCGGUCACGAUGCGGUUUGCGACGCGCUGAUUCCCGUGGUUAAACCUCAAUGGGUGCAUGCAUCAAUCUCGAAGAAUAAGCUCGUAAACCCUAGACAAUAUAAUCCCGACCCAAGACUUUUCUUGAACGAUGUUGUUGUCGCCUGUGCCGAUAUUCCAGAGGGUGAUAAGGAUGCCAUUAUUGGUGGAGUUUUGGCAAUGGGGGGUUUAUACAGCUCCAAAAUCACACGUACCACGACACAUCUAGUGGCCCUAACCUUGAACUCCGACAAAUGCGCAGGCCUUUUAAGCAAAAGCUUGAAUAUCAAAAUAGUCUUACCCCAUUGGUUUGAUGAUUGUUUAAAACUGGGGAAGAGAAUCGACGAGCGCCCCUACUUGUUGCCAGAUCCAGAAAUCCUUCGCGUGCGUCAUAACGCUCCUGUGCGAGUCACUGAAAAUAAGAAUAUUGUUGGCGCGUCAGCAUCCGAGCCGAAGUCCUUGUCUCCCGAAAGACUGUAUGAGGAAGUUCGAAGCGAUUUAAACGUUUUCGAGGGCAAGACUGUAAUGUUAUCGCGAGAUUUGCAGAUUGCGUCACGCCUUCAUGAGUGUUUGGAAGAACUGAUACAAAAAGGCGGCGGCUCCGUUACAGACGAUGUUCAGAACACUGACUUAUUCAUUUGUCGAUAUCGCGAGGGGGAGGAGUACAUAGCGGCUUCAAGGCUAGGCAAGGAUGUCGGAAAUCUAUCUUGGCUUUUCCAUCUCAUCACGCACAAUUCAUGGAUGUCUCCAUUACGGCGGCUACUCCACUAUCCUCUUUCCAGACAUGGGAUCCCAGGGUUUAAAGGCUUCAAAAUCAGUUUGUCAAAUUAUGCUGGUGAAGCACGGAUAUAUCUCGAAAAUUUAAUCGCGGCCAGUGGUGCUGAAUGUACGAAAACACUAAAACAAGACAAUACUCACCUCAUCACAGCACAUGGAACCAGUGAGAAAUGCACCGCCGCUAGGGAGUGGAAUAUCCAUGUUGUAAACCACCUCUGGCUUGAAGGGAGCUAUGCCAAAUGGCAGCUCCAAACCGUCACUGACCCACGCUUCACACAUUUCCCGCACCGGACCAACCUGGGAGAAAUCGUCGGUCAGACUAAAAUCGACCGCUUCGCCAUCGAAGAGCACUUCUUCCCCGCGGAAACUGCUGUUUCUUAUUGGAAAGGCCCUUCCACAGCUAUGCGCUCGAAGACUAACAAUCUGCCGGCUAGUAACAACACAAAUACACCAAAUUCUAGUGGAAGAAAACCCACUCGUCCGGCUCCAACCAAAGUAACGCCCAAAGUGUCCAAAUCAAACAAAUCAUUAAACAAACCUAGAGACUCACAUCUUCAAACCCCACAGGUUCCGAAGUUCGUUGCAGAGGGAAAGGAAAAUGCCACUCCGUCCACAACGGGAAGCAGAAAAUCCAAAGAUGUAGCUACUGCUAGGCUACAUGAAAUUGCCCCUGACAUUGCCCUUUACGAAAAGGAAAAGAAACGUGUGGGUGGGGUUGUCUACGGUGGUCGAAGGAAGAGUGAUCUGAACGAGAAAGGCUCAUCUCGGAAGAGAUCAAUGGAACCGGAAGAUGAAGUAGACAUUGAGGGGGCAAAAAAACGGAAGCAGACACAAGUACCCAUUAUCAUGCAUCUUCUACUCACGGGUUAUCGGAAAUGGAUUGGAGAUUUAAAAAAGGAGGAAGCAGAUAGGCGUCAACUACGGAAUCUAGGCAUCCACGUCGUCCAAGACGCCAGAAAAUGUACCCAUUUGGCAGCCCCUUGCAUCUUACGAACUCAUAAAUUCGUCAAUGCCAUCGCCUAUGCUCCCAUGAUCCUCAGAACCGAUUUUAUAGACGCAUGUCUCGAACAGAACCAAUUAUUGAACACGAACGAUUUUCUGCUGCAUGAUCCCAUUUCGGAGGAGAAAUUCUGCCUCUCGUUAGAGAAAGCCAGGAAUAAUGCGAUAGAAAACAAAAACCAUCUGUUAGGCGGCAGGAUUCUAUACUGUGUUGAAACCAUCACUGGGGGAUUUGACGCAUUUAAAUCCAUUAUCGAAAGCAACGGGGGCCAGUGUUUAAUGUUCCGUGGCCGAUCGGGCAUCACGCUACCAAAUCAGCGUCGAAGCAGUGACGUAAUUAGACGGAAUGACGGGGCGCCAGAUAUGGAUGAGAUAUAUCUCAUCAGCGGCACUGAGAAAAGUCAUGUGAGGUUAUGGCCUAAGUUCAGGAAUAUGGUAUGGAAUGCCAAAAAGGUACCCAAAAUUGUUCGUCCUGACUGGCUUUUGAUUAUUGCCAUGGCGCAGGAGUGGCGGACGAAUACUUCUCUGGAGUUGAAAGAGGAGGACGCACAGAUGGCUGACGCUUAA